GCAUGUCAAAAUAUAUAUGGGGUGUGUCACAGUUUCACAAAGAUGGCAAAUGCUCCAGUGAGAAGUGGAGUGAUUAGAGGAGAGGAUGGUGAACUUUACCUUCCUGCUACCCAAAGGCCUGAUGGAACAUGGCGCAAACCAAAGAAAGUGAAAGAUGGAUAUAUUCCCCCAGAUGAAGUUGCUGCGUAUGAAUCUAAGGGACACCAAUGGGCUAAGAGUAUCCCAGCAUGCCCUGGUUUGGCAUCUGAUGCACCACAUAUAAGUAAAUCAGACACAGCAGGUAUCCUAAUCCCAGGAUUAUCGAAAUCUGCUAAGAAAAAUUUAAGACGCAAGGAAAACAAAAAGAAAGAAACUACAAAUAUGGACCAAAUAACUUCAGAUUUAAAACAAUCUACAAUAAAUGAUAGUAAAAACAAAACUGCUGACAAUGUCAAAACACAGACAGAUAUUCCUGUUGUCUCAACUGAUAUUGACAAAAAGAUUAAGAAUUUAAAGAAAAAGUUGAGGAAAAUUGAUGAAUUAAAAGUUAAGAUUGAAUCUGGGGAGUUGGCCAACCCAGAGAAGGAUCAACUUGAGAAAGUGGCGAGACGAGAAGAAGUUGUCGAUGAGAUACAAGAUCUGGAGUUACAACUUGAAGGAUUUUAAUGAUUAAAAUGAAAUUCAUUUACAUUAAAUUACAUUUACCUUGCAAUCUGAAUUUUUAUGAAUAAAUAUAACUUUUUUAUAAGAUAACAAUUUCUUUGUAUAAAUUGUAUAAUGUGUGCUUGAAAAAGAAAAUACACAAGGUGUACAUAUGUACAUAUGUAUG